GGGAGAUUAAUGCCUACGUACUUUUCACCAUCUUCAGUCAUCAAGUUCACGACGGCUCCAACCCAAAAUAAGAAUGCCCUUCUUGAGAAAUCCGGAUUGAAACUUCCGUUUUUGGAUUUGGGCAAUGGCAUGAAUUCUCCUCAAAAUACAUCACAUCAGUUUGAACUAUCAUCAAUAGUAGCCUCAAGGUUUAUGCUUGCAUGUAUAGCUGCUAACAACGUGGUACGAUUUACAAUUUCGCUUCCCGGGUUGAAGUCUCAAGUCAUGAAUAACGGAUCGAUAUUUUUGAUGGCACGCAUGAUGAUCCAAUACAUCUAUAGUGAUGGGUCCAUUUCCAAUAUUAAUGGUAAUAUCCGAGUAUUAAUGGGGCGAGAUUUGGCGAUCGAAUGGGUGGAUUGUCAAUGCUUGAAUUAUCAAAGUUCGUUAGCAUUGAGUGGAUUGGAAAGAAAAUGGGCCAACUUUUUGGAUUCCAAGGCAAAAGAUCCAAAGAAGGGAGACAAGGAUUUCUUGAAUGACAUAUAUGAGAACACAGAGGCGGUAAAACUUUUUGCAUCGUCAGGAAUUCACCAAGACGCAAUGAGGAUCAUGCAAGUAGGUGACGUCAUGUCCAAUUUGAAAUCGCUCAUGGAGUUUGAUCAGGUGAACAAUAUCUCGUCACCCAUGAAAUCGUUGGAGUUAUACGUGUCGAGAAACAGUGGCCAAAUUGCCCUCCAAUCGCAACUAGCCCAGGCUCAAUUUCAAGCUCAAGUACAAGCCCAAGUUCACGCCAAGGCUCAAGCCCAAGCUCAAGCCCAAGCUCAAGCCCAUGCGGCCCAGGCUGCUCAGGCUGCUCAGGCACAAUUCCAAGCACAAGCAUAUCAAGUACAAAUGGCGGCCCAACAGGCGUCAUCGGCACCAGUACCAGUACCACAACAGAGCAGAAACUCAACGAUAUCGUCGCCUUCUCCACGUACUAUCCAUGCCGAGGACCCCAAGAAGAAACGAAAAGCCAGCACAACUAUAGCGGACAACAAGAGAAGAAAAUGAUAUGUCCCCCUCCUCACACCCCUCCCCCCUUUGUAGCAUUAUCGUACUGAAAAACAUUUAUUUCUUAACUAUCAAGACGUUUUAGUGGAUUAGAACUGUUCUUCGUAUUAAUUUGUAACUUAUAGUGAAUAAAUAUUCCUUACAUUGU